ACCAUGGCCUACUGCCCCAGUUACCUUCGUGAAGGAGAAGGAGGACAUCUGAGGAAGUCUCUCUCCAACAGAAGGUUGCAGGAGAAAGAAACUGAAGCUGUCACUCAGAAUUUGAAACUGCCUCUAUUCCAGCUGCUUAAAAUCAGAGAGCAUCCUAAGGACUUAAGCCCAGUACUUCCUCUUUGCCUGUUCUGAUUCACUUGCUUGGGCUGCUUCUGUAUGGGACGGAUAUUUUUUUGCUGAUGAAGUCUACUAAAUGAAUAUUGCCUCAUGACAAUCAGUCACACACCUAGACAAAAAGAGAAGACAAUUGAGGACAGCAAACUUUCACUUCCAGCAAAUGCAACCAUCCAAAGCAAGAAAGCCAAGGUACUCUUUUUUUCCUGCGGCUGAUCAAGGGAGAAAAUAAAGCCCAAAUGAAACCCGAGUACAGUCCUCCUGGAAACUUCAGCAACUGCAGCACCACCAACAGGAUGAAUCAAGUUCUUUUUCCCUUGUUGUACACUUUUAUCUUCCUUGUGGGCAUCAUUAUGAACGGACUGGCCAUGGGAGUCUUUUUCCAAAUAUCCAGCAAGUCAAAUUUUAUCAUCUUUCUCAAGAACACAGUCAUUUCCGACAUCCUCAUGAUCCUAACAUUUCCGUUCAAAAUUCUCAGCGAUGCAAACCUGGUGUCCUGGGAAUUAAGAGGGUUUGUUUGCAAAGUGACUCAGGUAAUAUUUUACUUUACCAUGUACAUCAGCAUUAUUUUCUUGGGCCUUAUAACCAUUGAUCGCUAUUUGAAAACUGCCAGGCCCUUCAAGUCAUCAAGCGCCAGGAAUUUGUCAGGAGCUAAGAUUCUCUCCGCGGUUAUCUGGAUAUUUAUGUUCUCUCUGUCGCUUCCAAACAUGAUUCUGACAGACAAGAAGCCAACGCGCGAGAACGUGAAGAAAUGCGCUGACCUGAAGUCUGACUUUGGGCUACUGUGGCAUGAAAUUGUUAACUAUGUCUGCCAGUUUAUCUUCUGGGUUAAUUUAGCCAUCAUUGUCGUAUGCUACACGCUGAUAACGAAAGAACUCUACAAAUCCUAUCAAAGGACGAGACGCACCGGGCAAGCAAACAAAAAGACUGUAAAUAUCAAAGUUUUCAUCAUAAUUGGUGUGUUUUUCAUUUGCUUUGUGCCGUUCCAUUUUGCCAGGAUUCCGUAUACCUUAAGCCAAACAAGAGAUGUUUUUCGGUGCUCCACCCAGAACACACUGUAUUACCUAAAAGAGAGCACCUUAUGGCUGACUUCCCUGAACGCAUGCCUAGAUCCAUUCAUAUAUUUUGCCCUCUGCAAAUCUUUCAGAAAGUCUCUCCUCAAUGUACUGUGGAAAUGUGCAACCAAAACAAGACGAGAUCAAAGUACAGAAACUACUGACGAUGAAACGACACCAAUGUAGACCAACAAGAAUUCCAUAUAAUACAGCCAAGGCUGUUUAGCACCCUCUUCAAUGCACACAUUAGCUUUAGAAGUGAAUCUCGUGUUUGUGCUUCUACUGAAAUCAUGAAUCACAUGUAGUCCGUGAUACUAACAACAAGCUGCUGAAUGAGAACAUCUGCCUUUUCCUGUUUAAUAUAGCUACGGGACACUGAAAAAGCUAGAUGAGUGGGUAAAAGAAGCGUUUCUUAUACUAAAAGUGCACAAAAUAAACCGAUAUUCAUAAAAACACAGUUGCGUACUCUCCAAAGUCUGGUAAUGUCAUUAGUAAUUACACAUUCCACGGGCUGCUUUAGAUCCAGUUCCCAAAGUUUUACAGGGAUUCGGCAGCCUGCAAUGGCAAAGUGGGAAGGACAAUUGCUGAUUGCACCCUAAGUCACUAAAAUUAUAUAAAUAAGUAAAAUUAAAGGGCCUUUUAGCUUAAUACACAUUUGGGCUUUUUAAUGAUAAUAUUCUGCUUCAUGGUUUUGGAGCCUUACUUUGUGUAACCAACCCAAGUAGGUACACAGUCUCUUGGGUGCUUACUUCGAGACCAUGUUGGCAGUUCCUUACCAUGCACUGAAUCCAGCAAAGUACUACUUAGAGUAGAUCCACUGAA